AUCUGCCCCAUUCCCUUUGCAUCUCGACUUGUCAUCCAAGGCUGCACGUCGCUCCGCCUAGGGCUUCCACCUCCGAAGCCGCAGGCGCCAGCCGGGGACCGAUCGACGCCGAUCGAAGAUGAGCAGCACGCCGGAGACAUCGCGGGAGCCGUGCCCUCAUCGCAUCAUCGACGACGCGGGCGGCGCCUUCGGGAUGGGCGUGGUGGGGGGCUCCAUCUUCCACUACAUGAAGGGCAUGUACAACUCCCCGAACGGCUACCGCAUGUCCGGCGGGGUUCAGGCCAUGCGCAUGAACGCUCCGCGCGUCGGCGGGAGCUUCGCCGCGUGGGGCUGCCUCUUCUCCACGUUCGACUGCGCCAUGGUCUACGCGCGCCAGAAGGAGGACCCCUGGAACUCUAUCGCCGCCGGCGCCGCAGCCGGCGGUUUCCUUGCCAUGCGGGGCGGCCUCUUUGCUUCCGCCAGAUCCGCAAUGAUCGGCGGCGCCCUCCUCGCUCUCAUCGAGGGCGCGGGCAUCAUGCUGAACCGCGUGUUGGUGGAAAUUCCGACGCCGCCGCCACCCCCUGGCAUGGAUCCGGCCGAGGUACCAGGGCAAGGGCAAGGGCCAGCGCCCAUGGGAUUCACUUUCCCUGGGAUGCCGCAGCCUCGGCCGGUUGUGGUCGAUGAGGUCCCGGUAACUGGAUCCGGGGGCUCUGGUGGAUGGCUGGGGGGCUUGUUUGCUAAGAAGAAGGACGAUAAGGUGGCUGGUGAUCGCAAGUCGGAGGUGUUGGAGAGCUUCGAUACGCCCAGCCCGCCAAUGCCAUCCUUCGACUACAAGUGAAAAGGCCAGAUCAUCCUACUAGUGUUUGUUGGAACAUCAGAUCUUUAGGUAUAGAACAGAAGUCUAAAGUUACAUUUCUGAGCACGAGUGGAUUUUAAUAACACCAAAAGCUUGUGCUUGAGGCCAGAGCUCAUCAACGUGGUCCAUUAAUUUAGUACGAUCAAAUAAAUGGUUUCAUCUUCUACCUCGUAGCUCCGUAAGUUAUGGUUUUCUCUUUCGCGUGUCUUGAUGUUGCAAGCUUUUGCUUAUAUAUUGCAUUUGGCUACCGAGGGCCAGAUGAUAUAUAUUUAUUUAUUCCACAGGAGAUUUCUAUUGUAA